AUGUCACAUACAAAUCGGCAUGUUAAAUUAGAUGAAGUUUGGGCAAAAUUAUUAGAUGGUAUUAAUCAUGUUUAUCAAUUUCAAGCAAUGAAAAAACCAGCUUAUAUGUUACUUUAUACUCAUGUCUAUGAUUAUUGUAUAAGUAAUCCAAGUCAACCACGAACAACUCUACCUAAUACGAGAGGACAAAUAGGAGGUUUACAAAGAUCAACUGGACAAGAUGGUGCAAAUAUUGUUGGAGGAGAAUUAUAUAAUAAAUUGAAAAAUUAUUUAAAAGAUUAUUUAAAAGAUGUUUGUCAAAGUGGAAUUGAUUUACAAGGCGAAGAUGUUCUUCGUUUUUAUACAAAUCGUUGGGAAAAAUAUCAAUUUUCUAGUAAAGUAAUGAAUGAUUUUUGUUCAUAUAUUAAUCGACAUUGGGUACAAAGAGAAUUUAAUUCUGGACGAAAAGAUAUUUAUGAUAUAUAUACUAUGGCUAUGGAUAUUUGGCAAAAAGUUGUUUUUCAACCAUUACAUAAACAAGUUACACAUGCUUGUCUUGAUUUAAUUAAAUCAGAACGACAUAAUGAAAUUAUAAAUACUCGUUUAAUUAGUGGUGUUAUUCAAAGUUAUGUUGCACUUGGUUUUACUGAAGAUGCAACAAAUAAUAAUCAAAUGACAUCACCAACAUUAACAAUAUAUAAAGAAUAUUUUGAAAUACAAUUUUUACAAGAUACAGAACAAUUCUAUCGAUUAGAAGCAGCAACAUUUCUUGUUCAUAAUUCUGUUACAGAAUAUCUUAAAAAAGUUGCACAACGUCUUGAUGAAGAAGUACAUCGAGUACAAUCAUAUUUACAUCCAUCAACAUUAUCAUUAUUAAUUAAAAAAGUUGAAGAAGUUCUUAUUCGUGAUCAACUUGAUGUUAUUUAUACAGAAGCAAAAACACUUCUUCGUGAUGAAAGAUAUCAAGAUUUAGCACUUCUCUUCAAAUUAGUUAAUCGAAUAACGAAUGCAACUAAUGAAUUGAAAAAAAUCGUUGAAAAUCAUAUUUAUGAAAUGGGUAUACAUACUAUUGAACGUGUUAGUGGAACAGCAAUUAAUGAUCCAAAAGUUUAUAUUGAAACAAUUAUUGAUAUUCAUAAGAAAUUCUUAAAACUUGUACAAGAAGCUUUUAAUGGUGAACAAGGUUUUACUGCUGCUCUUGAUAAAGCUUGUGGUAAAUUUAUAAAUAAUAAUGUAGUAACACAAGCAGCUGGUAGUACAACUAAAUCACCUGAAUUAUUAGCUCGAUAUUGUGAUGCAUUACUUCGAAAAGGAACUAAGGCUGUUGAAGAAACUGAUCUUGAAGAAAAAUUCAAUCAAAUUAUGAUUGUUUUUAAUUAUAUUGAAGAUAAAGAUGUUUAUCAAAAAUUCUAUGGAAAAAUGUUAGCAAAACGUUUAGUUGGUCAAUUAAGUGCUUCAGAUGAUUAUGAAGAAUCAAUGAUAUCAAAAUUAAAACAAGCAUGCGGUUUUGAGUAUACAUCAAAAUUACAACGAAUGUUUCAAGAUAUUGGUGUAAGUAAAACAUUAAUAUUUGAAUAUGAAAAAUAUUGUCAAAAUCAUCACAUAACUGAUACAGUUGAUUUUUCUGUAAUGGUACUUAGUUCAAAUUCAUGGCCAUUUUCUGGUUCAUCUAAUUUUAUUAUACCAAUUGAAUUAAAAUCAACAUUUGAUAGUUUUACAGAAUUUUAUACUCAUCGACAUAAUGGUCGAAAAUUAACAUGGCUUCAUCAACAUUCAAAAGGUGAAUUACAAACAUUUUUUACAUCACAAAAAUAUAUAUUACAAGUAUCAACUUAUCAAAUGGUAAUUUUAUUAUUAUUUAAUAAAGUAUUGACUUGGACAGUUGAACGACUUCAAGAUGAAACACAAAUUAAAUCUGAAUUAUUAUUACAAGUUCUAUUGGGUUUAUUAAAAAGUAAAUUAUUAAUAUGUACAGAUAUUCAUGAAGAUGAAUUAGAUGAAGAUUUCAAAGAUACUGAUAUUAAAAUGAAUUA